AUCUAAAAUUGCGUCGUCUCUAUCAAAAUUCAGAUUUACUCAAAAUCCAAAUUUUCUCCCUCACGCAAUAUGUUCUCUCUCCCUCCCUCUCUGCCGUUUCCUUCUCCCAAAUUUCUCCGGCGAACGUCGCCGGUUCUCGUCGCCUCCGGCGCGGCGAGGCUGGCGUCUCUCUCCCCUCCUCCUUUCUUUCUUUUUUCUUUCCCUUAAUUUAAAUUAGUAACUACCUAGGAUUUUUAAAUCUUGUUCAAUCCUGUUCUCCGACGAGUUCUGCCGCGCCGCCGCCGUGCUCCUCGCAUCGCCACUCCUCCAUCUCAGAUCUGGGAAUUUCGUUUCCAACGCUCCACUCACCGCAGUCCAGCAACUCGUCCCGCCUCCCCACCGUCGAUCCACUGCUGCGCCUGGCCUCGCCGUCGCCGUCGAUUGCAGCGCCUCGCCUCGCCGCGCUGCUGCUCCUCUCCUCGCUGCGCCGUGUAUUGCUGCUCCUCGCCUCGCCGCACCGUCGAUUGCUGCGCCUCGACUCGCCAUCGAUUGCUGCCACCCAUUGAGAUCUCUAAAUCCUGACGCCUCACCCCCCUCGUCGCUCGACUGCACCUCCGCCUCAUUGUCUACGCUAUCACCAGGAACACCACUUUCGACAGCACCAAACGAAGCAGCUGAUUAGAAAUUUGUGUUGAAUUUGGCUUUGCAAAAUGACAAAGAUCAACAGAGGAGGGCUUUGAAGACGGUCUCUACCCUUUCCGUUGAUCAAUGAUCAUGUUAGCAGUAGCAACCAGAUCAAGAGCAGCUUCGUGGUUGGAACCUCAGCAGGCGGAAGGAAGACGGUGGGGAGGUGGUUGAAGGAUAGGAAGGAGAAGAAGAAAGAGGAGGUGAGGGCGCAGAAUGCACAGCUUCAUGCUGCCAUUUCUGUUGCUGGUGUAGCAGCUGCAAUUGCUGCCAUCGCGGCUGCCACAGCCGUGUCGUCUGGAGCUAGAAAGGAUGAGCAGAUGACCAAGACUGACAUGGCGGUGGCCUCGGCUGCAACACUAGUGGCUGCUGCACAGUGUGUUGAGGCGGCUGAGGCAGCCGUUGGCGCAGCCGGAGCUAUACUGUACGAGGAUCGGUUAAGAGAUGUGGCUCUCUCUUUUCCCCUCCCGGCCUCUUACUUGGGAUCACUUGAUGGUGCUCAAGUUUAUGAUUAUAUCAAUAGAACUAGGAAUCCAACAGCUACCAUUUUGAGGAGUGAUGAAGUCAAUGAAACAAUGGCUCCCUUUGUUAUCUCCUUUUCUUCAAGGGGUCCCAAUCCCAUUACCAUGGACAUCCUCAAGACUGAUGUUAGUGCACCCGGAGUGGACAUUAUUGCAGCGUGGUCGGAGGCUAAUACGGCGUCGGGAUAUCCUGAAGAUCCAAGAGUAGUAGGAUGUAGGAUGUUUGAUGUAGGAUGUUUGUAUGAUGGAUACUUUUUCAAUGUAGGAUGAUAAUUAACUUUGAAACUAAUGAAUGACCUUUUUAUUAUU